GCUCAUGGGCUUGUUGAACGUAGGGCAAUGCGCAAUAGAUAUCUCCUAGGUCGUGGAUCUCUAUGCACACAAAGCACACGAUAUAUCACUUUUCUAGUUUCCUCUUCUCAACAUCUGGUCCACACGCAUUGGUUCGCAUAGAUUCGACGCUAAAUGAAGCAACAUUCCCAAAGCCUGUUUGAUUAUGGUCUCUUUUAGUGGCAUACCCUGAUAAUACAAUGACAACAAAAUCUGCGCCGAGAAACUCCUAAAUAUCUUUGUGCUUAGAUUCUUAUUGUGAUCAAGACCAUAAAGAGUUGAAGAAAUAACAAUCAAGCAGAAUAAUACCCAUGCUCAUAGUAAGGUGUUGAGGAGCAUGCAAAAGUGCGGUUGACAUUUUUGAAUGGGUGUUAUUUCUUACCUCUUAUUAAGGAAAGAUGUACUGCAUGGAUGGACCUUGGAUGUUAAUCGGGAACUGGUCACAUGUAUUCGUUUGCUGAUUCCUAUUUUCUAUAUCACAAAGUUUAUAAAUAUCAUAUAUAUAUAUAUAUAUAUUUAUCGCGUAUAUCGGAGGGAUUUUUCUCUUAAAAAGGACUUCCUAUAUAUAUAUUAUUGAAGUGUAUUGUCUCCCGAGUGAUGAGGAAAUUACCAACUUACUGUUUGCACAUUUACAGAAGCAACCAUCGUUCACGGUGGUGGCGUGUUGAGCGUAAGAACACCAUCUGAGGGGAGCGAGACUGGGUCGCGGGCUUUGCUGCACAGUUCGUUGUUUUGAUAGCUUGCAUAUUUUUCCUUUCACUCAUUCAAGUGUCUUUUCCUUUUUACUUCCCUUGAUAAUCGUCAUGAUGUGCUUGGGUGUGUGUGCGUCUGUGAUGCAGGAGGUCAACAGUGUCGCUAUGCGUCUCCACUUUUACAUGUGGUGCCACGGUACGAAACACGUGUGAGAUGAUCCACAACCCCCUCUUCAGCAUCUAUCUGGGCUCCUGCGUGUGAGGAAUUUUCUCAAGGGUGUCUCUUAUCACCUUUUUAUUUUGAUGUUAAAAAUCACAUGAAGGCAAAAAUGAAAUGAAGUUUUUAGAUGAACAACGCAAUGUUGCAUCUAAUGAUAUUCUAAUUCCACUUAAUAAUGGUUAUAGUUGAUCUUACACCAUUGCACUUAUCCUUACAUAUCCUGCUUUUUUCACCAUAUUAUUGUUGUUGAUGUUUUGGCAUUUUACAGAUAGGAAAUUUCUUUUUAAAUCCUCCAUCACGUAGUCUUGUCUGUGUACGCUAGUCGCUAACUUUUCUACCCCUGGAACCUGGUGGUGGCUGGGCACCUCAGAUAGACUUCACUAAAUAGAGGGCAGAUGGCAGCAUCCACCUCGAAGCCCGGUUUCACACUUGACGAGAAGGUUUUUUCGUCUCUUUUAACCCACAUUAACCUAUCCGAGGAGCGCAUUUUCGCCCUCACGAAGCUCGCGCUGCGCUCCCUGCCCCAGUCCGCCGAUGUGUGGGCUGCAGUGCGGAAGGCGUUUGUUGAGCAGUCCUCUUCCUCUCCGUCUUCGUCUUCGGCGGGAAAUGGGCUUGAUAGCGAGCACAACAAGGCGCUCUGGGCGCUCGUGGAUUCGUUGAUGCGAAGUGCCCCACACAUCUUCCUUCCGAUUGUGCUGCCGCGGCUGCAGGAGUACGUCGUGCAUCAGAUGCCGUGGGUGUCGAUGUCGUGGGGGGAGCAGGACGGUAGCGGGCGGUGGUGGGAGGGGUUGGUGCUUUCCUGGGAGAACCUCCUCCCGCCAGGCACCUUCGAUGCCCUGCGGCGGCAUCUUCUUCAGCAGCGUAGCGGUGCGGAGUUGGAUGGCGCCGUCGCCGCCGCCUCGGGGGGGGUUGGCGCCCCCACGGACGACGGAGCCCCCGCGACGGAUGAGGAUUUGCAUCUCUUGCGCGAGGAGUGGGGUGCGCUGCGCUGCCUAUGCGAGGAUCGCGCGAACGCGUUCAGUCGGGAGCUGCUCCUCGACAGCCUGCGCGCGGCGGCGACGUCGGAUCGCGCGGAGGAAGGGCAGGCGCCCGGCGCCGGCUCACCUGCCGCGGCGUCGGCGGGGAUGACGAAUUCCAACGGAAAAGAAACAAAAGCGCGUGGUGUGGGUGGGGAUGAAAAGGUGGAGGAUGAGGACGAUGAAGAGUACGUGCCCGAGUACGCGCUCGGAGCGAAGCCACGGGAGCUGCCAAGUUUGGGGUUGCCACCAUUGCGUCGUCGACGGGAGGCGCGACGGCGGUUUGAAGAAGAUGAGCUGUGA